AUGCUCUUGGUGGCUGUAGCGCGGCCACGGUCCGGAUUGGACGGCGAAGUUGGUUGUUGGCCCCUUGAUGAAACGAUCCCUGCCGAAUGUACAAGCAAGAACCGUCCUGCUGGAACGCCUGUGCUCUCCACGGUGGCUGUGCCGAAGCCAGUGUACCGUGACCUCCUGUUGAAUCAACUUCUGCCUGCUAUCAAGCGUCAAUGGGUUCGAGCAAAUGGCGACGUGAAUGGGACAAUCUACGUACAGCAGGAUAAUGCGCGACCACACAUCUCUGUCGACGACGCCGAGUUUGUCCAAGCGGCCGCUUAUGGUGGUUGGAAGAUUCAGCUCAUGUGCCAGCCGCCACAGUCGCCAGAUCUCAACGUCUUGGAUCUUGGGUUCUUCAACUCUAUCCAGGCCUUGCAGCAGCAGAUGGAGUGCCGAUCUAUUGAAGAGCUUGUUUGUGCUGUCGAUGAAUCAUUCAAGGCCCUACCGCAUGCGACUCUGGAGAAGACGUUCCAGACAUGGAAGCGUAUUAUGCGUGUGGUUGCCAGCAUCAAGGGCGACAACAAGUACAAGAUGCCAAGAAGUGUGUCGACCGAGGACGACGUUAUUGCCUUGGAAAUGAUGAAUCUGCGGCUCGAGGAGGAGGAUCGCAUGAAUGAAAUUGCCGACCUUGUGAGUAUUUUGACAGUGUAA